CUUUCUCAUCAUUAUUGCUAUCGCCAUCACCGCAAGGUAGCAGUUCGUCCUUUAUUUGAUCUUUGCUUUGAGCACAGCAUUACAACCGAAAUUUUUCAGUAAGCAUGGCCCCUCCUUUGUUCGCCGAUUUGGGCAAAGAAGCGCGUGAUAUCUUCAGUAAAGGAUUUGGAUUCGGUAGCGUAAAGCUUGAUGUGGCUACUAAAGCUACAAAUGGUGUCGAGUUUAGUAGUGGAGUAUCUAGCAAUGAUGCUGGAAAGGUUUCCGGAAGUUUGGAAACCACGUAUAAAAAUUCUGAUUAUGGGUUAACUUUCAAAGAAAAAUGGAGUAGUGAAAAUAUUUUGACUGCUGAGAUUACUAUUGAGGAUCAGAUUGCCAACGGGUUCAAAUUAACAUUUGAUACAAUGUUUGCUCCAAAUACUAGCAAAAAAGCCGCGAAGAUUAAAACAUCUUACAAGCAGGACAAUUUCAGCGGAACAACUGACAUCGACUUCGAUUUCACCGGUCCAACUUUAUACAGUUCUGCGGUUGUUGGUUAUAAAGGUUGGCUUCUUGGAGGCUAUGCAGCUUAUGAUACUUCCAAGUCCCGUUUAGUUAACAACAAACUUGGGAUUGCUUACAAAACAGAUGACUUUGUUUUGCACUCAUCUGUAAGUGACAAUGUGGAUUUUUCAACUUCGUAUUAUCAAAAAGUUAGUGAUAAAAUCGAGUGUGCUGCAAAUCUUGGAUGGACUGCGGGUACUGCUGCAACAAAAUUUGCAAUUGGAGGAAAAUAUGUAUUGGAUUCAGAUUCAUCUGUUAAGAUGCGAAUCAGCAAUGAUAGUCAUGUAGGGUUGGGCUAUACUCAGCAACUUCGUGAUGGUGUGAAAUUAACUCUUUCAGCGUUGAUUGAUGCUAAAAACCUUAAUCAAGCUGGUCAUAAACUAGGUCUUGGACUUGAUGUAUCUCUUUAAACGAUAUUAUCGUAGCUCCAAAAUUAUACGCGCUUCUUUACUAUACUGUCACGAAACUUACAUAUUUGUGCAUUUGACUAGUGUUUAAGGAAUGUUGUGGUUGGCUUAUUCGCGAUAAUAUCAGUAAUUUGUUAUAAUUGCUAAAGUGCUUAGGUAACACUUUCAUAAUAAACUUUAUCCAGUUUACUAGUGU